ACGGAGAGUGCUGCAUAGGGCAUUGCACUCUCAUGGUUUAUCAUGAUCGCGUAUUAUAUGAUAAUUAAGAUUCGAGUUAUCGUCCACCAUCACUGUAUGAUGUAUAACAUGCGCAAGAGCACGAGCCGCAAUUGUCGAGUCGUGCGAGUUGGAGCGAUUGAUUUGAUCGAGUGAAUCGAGUCGCUCAGUUGCGCUCACUCUCGACUGACGUAUUCGAGGCGCGCGCGCAUUCCAUUUCUAAAUAUUAAUAACAAAUUUAUUAUUAAUAGUGUAAGUUCAAAACACACGAGGGAUUUCUCCGAGAUGAGGACCAAAACGUCUUCGAAACUUCCAUAUCCCAAGGCAGUUGGAUUUAUAGUUGUAAAUGAGUUCUGCGAGAGAUUUUCUUACUAUGGAUUGCGAACCAUUCUUUCAUUAUAUCUGCGAUACAAACUACAUUACAGUGACAAUGGCGCUACUGUUAUAUACCAUGUGUUCACAAUGUUCGCGUAUUUCUUCCCUGUCAUCGGUGCGAUGAUCGCAGAUGGAUGGCUAGGCAGAUUCAGGACUAUAGUCUACCUCUCAUUGGUGUAUGCAUCAGGGAGUGUGUUAAUAUCGGUGACAGCCAUGCCGCCGGUAAAUUUGCCUCCAUUAGAAUUUACAAUAAUUGCACUACUCCUGAUUGCAUUUGGGACUGGUGGAAUAAAGCCGUGUGUAUCCGCUUUCGGAGGUGAUCAGUUCAAACUGCCCGAACAGGAAAAAUAUUUGGGCUACUUCUUCUCACUGUUCUACUUCUCUAUCAAUGCCGGUAGUCUCAUAUCGACAUUCAUUACACCAAUAUUAAGAGCGGACGUUCACUGCUUCGGCGAGAAUGAUUGUUACUCGUUAGCGUUUGGAGUGCCCGGCAUACUCAUGAUUGUUUCUAUUUUAAUCUUCUUAGCUGGAAAAAGAUUGUAUGUAAUCAGGAAUCCAGCUGGAAAUGUCAUUGGACGAGUAGCCACCUGUAUAAGUCAUGCUGUCUGCAGAUCCUUUAAAAGUAAAGAGAGCCGCGAACACUGGUUGGACCAUGCGGAUGAUAAGUACGACUCGGCUCUAAUCGAGGAUGUUAAGGCUCUUCUUAGAGUUCUUGUACUGUUUAUACCACUACCAGUCUUCUGGGCGUUGUUUGAUCAACAAGGUUCAAGAUGGACUUUCCAAGCCGAUCGCAUGGAACAAGAGAUCGGCAGUUGGACAUUGAAAGCUGAUCAGAUGCAAGUGCUCAAUCCAUUGCUUAUUUUAAUUUUUAUUCCUCUAUUUGAAGUGGCAAUUUAUCCUUUCUUGACUUGGUGCAAAUUAAUAAGGAAACCUCUUCACAAAAUGAUUUGGGGUGGAAUUUUGGCGGCAUGUGCAUUUCUCAUAUCUGGAAUAGUUGAAUUGAGUCUACUUCCCACUUACGGAACGCCAGUAUCAGCAGGUUUGGCACAACUUAGAGUUUAUAAUGGAUUCAAUUGUAAUGUUACAUUAAUCAUAAAUGGUACUGAUAAAAACACAACUGCAUAUACAAGUACAAUUGAAAGUUUGUCUGCUUACGAGAAGUUAGAUAUAAAGGCAGCAGGACUAGUAGAACUUCCAUACUCAAUACAAGGAACAGAAAAUAGCGAGUGCGCUCAUAUUAUACACAAUGGCAUUUUCCACCUUCGAGAGGAAACUGCGAACUCGUUUUUUAUCAACAAUGCAGGAGUGUAUAACUUCACUGAUAAAAAUGAUAAAGCAAUAGACGGUGUUAGUGUUAGAUUUUUAUCAAAUAUUAAUGAACCAGUGGAGAUUAAAAUUGUAGAUACAAAGAAUAGAACAAUAUUAUCUCAAAACAGCAAUGACAGGAAUCAAAAAUCUAUACAAAAAGGAAAAAGUAAUGUUUUAAUGGGUGGCGACGUAGUUUUAAAAGAUUUCAAUUUCCAAUCUGGUGCAGUGUACACUAUUAAUGUACAUCAAGAAAGCAAUGGAAAUUAUACGGCGAAUCCAGUAAUGAUAACUCCAGCAAACACGGUUCACAUAUUAUGGUUGGUGCCUCAAUACGUGGUCAUGACAAUGGGGGAGGUCAUGUUUUCAGUCACCGGUUUAGAAUUCUCGUUUACUCAGGCACCAGCGAGCAUGAAGUCAGUGUUGCAAUCCGUCUGGCUAUUGACUGUAGCAUUCGGAAAUCUUAUCGUCGUUCUCAUUGUGGAAGGAAACUUUUUAGAUGCUCAGUGGAAAGAGUUCUUCCUAUUUGCGGGGCUAAUGAUGAUCGACAUGCUUAUCUUCUCUGUGAUGGCAUUCCGGUAUAAGUACGUGGAGCUCAAGUCCAGUGUUCAGGAAUUAACUAUAAUAGAUGAAAAGAAAAUACCCGAGAUUCCAGCUAGAAAAAGAGACGACUAG